CCCAGUUAGUCGUGUUUGCCAUUCGCUACCGUGAACAUGGCUCGUUCCGUAAUAAUACCAAUUGCCUUUUUGGCCGGUAUUCUGCUCCUGGUGGGCGUGGCCAAUGCCGCCCUUAAUCGCAUACCCAUCCAGAGAUCGGAGCACUUCAAGCGCAGUCACAAAAAUAUUCAGGCGGAAAGGGAUUUUGUUCAGCAGAAGUACAAUCUAAACACCGUCAAUGGUUAUCCGAUGGAACAGCUAUCGAACUCUGAUAAUUAUCAGUACUAUGGAAAUAUAAGUAUUGGAUCGCCAGCGCAGUAUUUCCUGGUGCAAUUCGAUACGGGCUCCUCGAAUCUUUGGGUGCCCGGAAGUUCGUGCCAGGAUACCUCGUGUUUAAGCCAUCUGAGUUAUAACAAAACCCAGUCGAGUACUUAUGUGGCCAAUGGAACUGCCUUUUCGAUAACCUAUGGCACUGGCAGUGUUUCUGGCUAUCUAUCCGUGGAUUCUGUCGGCUUCGCUGGCCUGAUUGUCAAGAAUCAGACAUUUGGUGAGGUCACCACCGAGCAGGGAUCGAACUUCGCCUAUGCCCACUUCGAUGGUAUACUGGGUAUGGGCUUUCCCGCUUUGGCCGUGGAUGGAGUUACCCCGACAUUCCAGAAUAUGAUUACCCAAGGACUCGUGCAGAACUCCGUGUUUUCAUUUUUCCUGCGGGAUAAUGGCAGUACGGUUAACUAUGGCGGCGAACUAAUCCUGGGCGGUUCGGAUCCAUCGCUUUAUAGGGGCGAUCUUACCUAUGUGGAUGUCAUCCAGGCGGCCUAUUGGAAAUUCCAAACCGAUUCGAUCGCAGUCGGCGAUGUGAUUAUAAGCAUUAAUGAUGCAGCAAUUGCCGAUACAGGAACUUCCUUAAUUAUCGCCCCCGUUUCGGAGUACGAUGUGAUUGCAGCAAUUUUUAAUGCCAAUGCAAAUGGGUUAUUUGAGUGCCUGAAUUCCAUGCCAGAUCUGGUGAUCACCAUUAAUGGCGAGGUCUUUAGGAUUCCGGCCAAGUAUUAUGUCACCCAGGAGGGAAACUACUGUAUGCUGGGCAUUCAAUCGAUUAACCAGAACUUUUGGAUUUUUGGCGAUAUAUUUUUGGGACGUUUCUACACCGAAUUCGAUGUGGGCAAUCAACGACUGGGAUUUGCCCCGGUAAACUCCUCGGAUUCCGUAAAAAUCAUGGGUCUAUGGAACCUCUUUUUUGUGGCUUGUGUAGUGUGGAUGUUAAACAAAUGAUUUGUUUUCGGAGGGUUUCGAAAAAGUAUAUUUCUAAGAAAUCUUACCCUAAUAUGAAUCUUAAUAUUGUAAAACAUUUUUUUUUUCCAAAAGUAAAGUAAGCAGUGAAUGUACAAAAUUGAAAUAAAUUGAUAUUCAUAAAAGGUA